AGAUUGUUUGUUCUUAUGGUUCGCCGCCAGUUGUACGUUUUCGGAUGUGCAAGUGACGGGCAAUUGGCUUUUCGGCCAAAUUCUGCUGGAAAUGAUGCCCAAAUGAUGCUUUUUCCGCAUUUGGUAUAUGGUGCACCAACCGGACAGCAUGGUGUUACUGUGAAAGCUGUUGCUAGUGGUGAAAAGCACACGCUGUUUCUGGCUAAUGAUGGAAAGGUUUGGUCAUGUGGUAGUAAUUAUAAUGGUGAACUUGGUCGAGGAGGUGUCAAAGAAGGCUCAUAUACCAUAUAUCCAGUACACAUAUCAAAUGCAGUCCGUAUCAUCCAAAUAUCAGCUGGUCGAAGUCACAGUAUGGCAGUUUCAGACGAUGGUCGGUUGUUUGCAUGGGGUAGUAACAGUCAUGGGCAACUUGCAAUGUCUGGUGAUAUCCUUAUUUCUGACACACCCAAACGUGUUCCAUCAUUGCCAGAAACAGUUCAAGUAGCUUGUGGAGCAUCUCAUACAGUAUCCUUAAAUGGAGGUGGUCGAGUAUUUAUCUGGGGACAACAAUCUGAUGGGCGAAUACGACAUUCCCCUGCUGAAGUUGAAUUAUUCGUUUCUGUACCUAUUAUUCAGAUCAGUGCUGGGAAUUUGUUCACAAUGGCCUUAACAGCAAGUGGAACGUUAUUUGCUUGGGGAAGGAACGAAGAAGGACAACUUGGAAACUUUACAAACAGAGAUGUCAUUAAUCCGCGUGAAGUACCAAAUAUUAAUUCUGUGGUGGUAGUUGAGUGUGGUGACAGUCACUCCAUUGCACUCACUCAUGAAGGACGUGUAUUUUCAUGUGGCAGCGAUUCGUUUGGACAGUUGGGUUGUGGUCAGCCAAGUAGGUCACAGAACUGUAUGAGAGGUAUCACCGAAAUGCUUGGAAGCCAUGUAACGAGAAUUGCUUGCGGAAGAUGUCACACGAUCGUUGUUGCAAAUGGCAAGAUGCAUACGUUUGGGUUGAAUAGCAACGGACAACUGGGCCAUGGAAAUACACGGAAUCAAAUUACACCGCGUAUGAUUGAUUCAGUCGAGAAUGUAGCAUCGGUGUUCGCGGGUUGGGAUCAAAGCUUCUGCUUGCAGAUUCGUACAAAACAUGCGUAUGAAGUUCUUUCUGGACCAAGCAGCUCUCUUCAAAAACCGAAGUAUUUGUCUUUGCAACGUGUUCGUGAUUUAUUCGCAGUUGGUGACAAAUUAACUAUUAUUGGAGAACUGGAAUCUGUAUUUUCGUCUUUAUCUUCAAUAAAUGCCUCAUUUCUUUACGAAAAUGAAAAAAGAUAUCGAUGUAGUGCUUCAAACAGCUGUUUGGAUUUGGAUCAUGUCGUGCAAGCAUCCAGUAUUAUUUCGGAAAAUACCGAUGCAGAUCAGUAUGCGGAAAUAAUAUUAACAAGCUUGGAUGCAGCAGGGAUGUGGGAAUUAUCUUGGGAAAAAAUAAGUUCCUUGGAAUCCCUUCGAGUUUAUCUCAUUCUUCCUUCACUAUAUUUGUUUUCUUCACCUUCGUAUACGUCUGUCAAAGCACUUCAUUUGCCAUUUGUUCGUUCAAUUCAACUUCUCCGCGAAGCAGAUAGGAAGGUGCUAGAGAAGUGGUGGUCGUUGUUUGAGCGACGACAUUUUAAUCGUUUAGUAUCGGCACUGGUUAAGGCUUUGGAGCAACUUGUGGAGCAUGAGCCGAAUAAUACUUCUGAUGUUAUUCCUUUCUGUUCGAUUCUGUCACGGCUGAAUGCCAUCAACAGAUCUCAGAAGUUGAUCGCUUACGACAAAUUUUACUUGCAAAAUUUACAGAAAAAAGUUGAUAUGGCCAGCGAUCUUGCUAGAUGGGGAUUUGGUGACCAACAAGACCUUUUCUACUGGUCAAAUUAUCCGUUUUUAUUAAAUGCGGAAUUAAAAACGUAUCUAUUACAACUGGAAGCCCAAAUUCAAAUGCAGAUCUCCAUGUCAACUUCUGGAAUUAUGAUAUUGCCCUUCAAUAUUUCCCUUCAACCACAUCCAUUCUUUGAGUUAUCUGUCCAUCGAGAUAAUAUUGUUGACGAUGCAAUGAUUGCAUUAUUGUCAUCAAAAGAAAUGGAUCUUAAAAAACCGUUAAAAGUUCAUUUUAUCGGUGAAGAAGCAGACGAUGCUGGUGGUGUGAAAAAGGAGUUCUUCAUGUUGCUAUUUCAAGAACUACUUCAAGCGAAAUAUGGGAUGUUUACGGAGAAUGAAGAAUCACAUUUAAUUUGGUUCUCAGGAGUAGAAACAGAUCCACUGAGCUUUAAACUUGUCGGAAUGCUAUGUGCUUUAGCUAUUUACAACAGUGUUCUUGUUGAUUUUCCAUUUCCUUUGGCUUUGUAUAAGAAAAUCUUGGAUUUUCCACUGGAACUUGAAGAUUUGAGCGAAUUGAGUCCUGCAGAAGGAAGAUCAUUGAGGAGUCUUCUGGAUUAUGAAGAAGAUGAUGUUGAAGAAGUUUUUUGUUUGACCUUCAUGAUUUCUAUAUCUUUGUUGGGCGACAGUAAAGAUAUCGAAUUAAAAACGAAUGGUGCAGAAAUACCAGUGAAUCAAGGAAAUAAGCAUGAAUUUGUCCAGCUUUAUAUAAAGAAACGCUUGGAAGAAGGCUGUGAGGGUGAAAUAGAUCGUCAAAUGCGUUCGUUUGCUGAAGGAUUCGGAAGUGUGAUGCAUUCAAAAAUCAUGAAUUUCUUUCAACCACAAGAGCUUAUGGAAAUGGUUGUUGGCAAUGAAAAUUAUGAUUGGAAUCUGUUUCGAAGAGUUCCGAACCAUGUUGCAAAAGCUGGAAUGGAGUUUGCAUAUCACUCUGCUGCUUAUAAUGAAAAUCGUUGGUUUCAGAAUGCAGAAUAUAAAGGGGUAUAUCACGCACGACAUGAGGCAGUCCUUUGUUUCUGGGAAGUUUUCUUUGAGUUAAAUAUUGCUCAAAGGAAGAAAUUUUUGCAGUUUUUAAUGGGAAGCACGAGGAUACCGAUUCAGGGCAUGUCAGCAGUGAGGAUGCGAAUACAGCCAUGUGAUAAGAAAGCACUGCCAGUAGCGCAUACGUGUUUCAAUUUGCUCGAUUUGCCGAAUAUCACUGAUCGAGAGGAAAUGCGACGUAGGUUACUUAUAUGUUUGGAACACAGUCAUGGUUUUAAUCUGGUAUAGCUGUGCUUCAUGUGAUAUUGUCGUGGAAAUUGUGAUAAAGAUUUCGUUGAUUGAAAUAGGAUUUAUUCUUCAUGUGCUUCAUAUGCGUUACCAGACAAUUUUUAGAGAAUAUCAAGACCAGAGUCGAUUACUAGAUUGUUCUUUGCUGUUACUGGCGAGGGAAAUUUGGUGGGAACUUGACUGAGGUUGUAGUCUGGUAUAGAGCUGAAACCAAUCGUAGCGCGCUGAUGACCGAAUGAGCUCAGUGAAAGAGUUUUCUGGAUGUCUUCAACUCUUUAUAUAGUGGGAAUUAAUUCCAAACAUUGCACA